ACAUGUAGAAACUGCAAUGUGAUAAGCUACGAAAAUGGAACGGAUUUUGGAUGAGUAAUAUAUGAAUAGUCUUAAACAACAAGGUGUUUUGUCUCGCUGGUUAUGUAUAACUGGUUGUGAGGCAGCUGACUUUCAAUAUGAGUGCAAGUAAUGGCAAGGAGGCCUUCACGUGCCGAGUGAAGGUCUUCCUUCCGAAUGGCAGUUCGAAUCUGAUCCAGCACGGUGAAAAUGCUGACGUUCGUGGAAUCACCCACCUGAUGGUUGAUCGCCUGGCGGCCGGCAAGAGAGCGUUCAAACCAGCGUAUGGCAUGAGACUCGCUCACAAGAAAAGCGAUGAAACAAAAUGGCUGCAUCCGGAUAUGACGAUGACGGAAAUGCAGCAGAGAUAUCUCGCCGGUGAGGACGCCGACCAGUGGCGGCACGAGUUGCGCGUGCGCUAUCUUCCGAAGAGUCUCGCCGAACUCUACGAACGAGACAGGGUCACGUUUUACUACUUCUACGACCAAGUGCGAAACGAUUACAUGCGGCGACUGGCGGAAACCGUCGACCAGGAAGUCGCUCUGCGACUGGGAAGCCUCGAGAUUCGUCGCUUCUUUAGAGACAUGCCCGGCAUCGCGCUCGACAAGAAGGCCAACUUCGAAUAUCUAGAGAAGGAGAUCGGACUCGACAAGUUCUUCCCGCUGUUCAUCGUGAACGGAAUGAAGACGAAAGUGCUCAGGAAAGAGAUACACGGCCACUUCCGGCGAUACGCCGCACUGUCCGAAGGAGAGUGCGUGUUCAAAUUCUUCGAGGUGCUCGCGAACGUGUGCAGGUUCGACCAGGAGAAGUUCAAAUGCGCACUCGGCUCGAGCUGGAAGAUCCCCGGCGAACUCAUCAUCGGCCCCGCCGAGGAGAUAAGCUACGCGGCGGGCGAGGGAACGACGCCGCAGCUGCUCGCGAACUUCCACCAGGUGGAGCGGAUAUCGGUCGAGGCCGCGAAGAACUGCGACACGUCGGCGGUGCGGCUCGCGAUAGAGGGCGCGGCCGAGACGCUGUCGUUCACCUGCACGUCGCACUCGGUUGCCGAGGACGUCGCCGACCUUGUCGACGGCUACUGCCGCCUCAUCCACAACACGCGCGCCUCCCGGUGGGUGAAUGCCGGAACGACACCCCCGCCUUGCCCCGACGAACAUGCCGCCGCCGCCGCGAACCAUGAGGAGCCGGCGGAGGAGGAGCCGGUAGAGGAGGAGGAGGAGGAGGAGGUCGUCGUCGAGGUGCGGCAGGAGAAGGGCCGUGCGGGCGAGGCGGCGCGCUCGAAGAGCCCGACGCCUGACAAGCAGGUGUCGAUCGUCUCCAUCGCCGAGUCGGACUACGCCGAGAUCCAGGACGGCGGCGAUGGCGACUGGGAGCUGCCGCGCGAGCGCAUCUCGCUCACCGAGAUCAUUGGCGAGGGCCAGUUCGGCGACGUGCACCGCGGCGUGUACGCGACGCGCGACGGCCACAGAGUCGACGUCGCCAUCAAGACGUGCAAGACGGCGGCGGCGACGGCGGCGGCGAUGGACGCCGACGACGAUGACCGCGACGCGUUCGGCGAGACGGAGAAGUUUCUCGAGGAGGCGUACAUCAUGAAGCAGUUCGACCAUCCGCACAUCGUCAAGCUGGUCGGCGUCUGCACGGACGCGCCCGUGAUGAUCGUCAUGGAGCUCGCGCGGCACGGCGAGAUGCGCGCGUACCUGCAGAGCAACAAGCACCGGCUCGACCUGACCACACUCAUCAUGUACGCGUACCAGCUCAGUACGGCCCUCUCCUACCUCGAGAGCAAGAAGUUCGUGCACCGCGACAUCGCCGCGCGCAACGUGCUCGUCUCGUCGCAGGACUGCGUGAAGCUCGGCGACUUCGGGCUGUCGCGCUGGGUCGAGGACCAGUCGUACUACAAGGCGUCGAAGGGCAAGCUGCCGAUCAAGUGGAUGGCGCCGGAGUCGAUCAACUUUCGGCGCUUCACGACGGCGAGCGACGUGUGGAUGUUCGGCGUCUGCAUGUGGGAGGUGAUGAUGCUCGGCGUGAAGCCGUUCCAGGGCGUCAAGAACAACGACGUGAUCGGGCGCAUCGAGAACGGCGAGAGGCUGCCGCUGCCGCCCGGCUGCCCGCCGCGCCUCUACCAGCUGAUGGCCAGCUGCUGGGCGUACGAGCCGUCGAAGAGGCUCAGCUUCCAGGACGUGAAGACGGCGCUCAGCGAGGUGCUCGUCGAGGAGCGGCAGCAGCGGGAGGAGCUGAUGGCGCUCGAGAACUGCCGCGUCGCCGGCGGGCAGCCGGGCGGCGGCGGGGCCGAGGAGCCGCCACCGAAGCCCUCGCGCGUGCCGGGGUUGCUCGCGCCGCUUGCGUGGUCGGCGCCGUCAGCGGCCUACCUCGUCGCGCAGACGCCCGAGCAGCUCGCCGAGAUCAUGGACGACGGCGGCAGCGCCGACGAGAGCCACUACCAGGUGGCCGGCGGCCGGCGGGGGCACGCGCCGCACAAGGCGGGGGGGGAGUCGACGGCGGGGAAGGAGCAGCGUGGGAAGCCGCACACGCUCGAGCUGAAGCUGCUGAAGCAGCAGAAGCAGGCGGAGGAGGACUCGCGCUGGCUCGCCGAGGAGGAGGAGAACCUGAAGCCGCUGCGGCGCGCGUCGAGCGACGCCGGCAGCGACGCGUCGUCGCCGCCGCCGACCCCGCGCACGCCGCCGGCCGUCGUCGCGCAGCAGAUGCAGGGCGCCGGCGGCGGCUGCGCGGCGCUGACCUACAUCGGUCGCGUCGACCCGGCGCCGACGAGCGACGUCGACCGGACGGACGACCGCGUCUUCGAGCAGACGACGGCCGUCGUGAAGGCGGUGAUGGAGCUGUCGCGCGGCGUGUCGUGCGGCGACGUCGCGCGCUACGUCGCGCUCGUGCGGGACGUCGGCGUCGCACUGCGCGCGCUCCUCGUGCGCGUCGACGAGGCAAUGCCGCGGCUGCCACGCUGCCGCCACCGCGACGUCGAGAUGGCGCACAAGGUGCUCAGCUCGGACAUGGCCGACGUUGUCGGCGCAAUGCAGCUCGCGCAGAAGUACAGCGCGACGACGUUUGACGCCGAGUACCGCAAGGGCAUGCUGUCGUCGGCGCACAUCGUCGCCAUCAACGCCAAGCACCUGCUCGACACCGUCGACCAGGCGCGCCUCUUCGCAAGGAAGGUCGAGGGCAGGAAGGGCAGCGACGCGGAGCAGGAGGGAAAGCCGUAGCGGCGGCUUCGCCCCCACCUCCAGGUGGCGUGAGUAUCCGUGCGAGCGUCGGCGGCGGCUGCGCGACCUUGGGUCGA